UCUCCAGAGAUCCGCCCAGAGUUGAACGUUCAUCAUAAUUAUUCACAACAAAUCCGUUUUGUUUUUCUGUAUGUUUUCUUCUAGCAGCACAGCCCACAGCGAUUCCUUCAGCUCAGGGUCCAUGGAUACCCUCACGUUAUCUCUCCGUUCAUUAACCUGAUUUGAUACCACCGGUUCCCAGGGAAAGUGUUUACGUGAAAAGUGCUGUUCCAAAUGUUUUAUUCUUCUGUGUCUUGUCAUCGCUAGCUCAUCCUAUAUAAACGGACGCCAGCUAACUCGGCAAAAUCACAAAGAAGUAGAGACUACAGGAUUUCUUGGCAAAGCUAUUUAUAGAUAUUUCUGCCCUAGAACCCCCGCUGUUCUAGAAGAAUGGACGCCAACUGGGCAUCACGGAAGCUGAUUCUGGCAGCAGCGCUGUUCCUGUCCUCAAGUGCUUGUGUGCUGAACGUAACCACACCUGAGGUAGAAGUAGGACAAACUGCCAACGUGUCACUGGAAUGUUUCAAUCUGUAUCCCAUACCCGACGUUUCUGACAUUCUCGUUAUGAGAAUACUCAAAUGGGAUCAUGAUGAGUGGAACAGCGUGGCAGAGAUAAAGAGCGGCGAUGAUGCGGAAGUCAGACAAAAAUCCAAAGAUGUAUUUGCUGAGGGGAAAAUCGGAUCUGUUGGUGAAAGCUUUUUGAGACUUACGUGGCCUGUGGCAACCAAUAACACAGUCGGUCAAUACCGAUGUGACUUGGUCAGCUUCACUCUCCAAGAAAACGUUUUGUGGCUCAAAAGUCUGCCUGUUUUGGUCAUGCGUAAAAGGGAUCUCACUGUUCAGAUGCUCAGCGAAAUUGUGGAACAGAACCAGAAUGCAUGUUUUCAGCAACUGAGCUCACAGAAACAAGAUAUACUGGAAAACAUAACGGCGACAGCGGAGGUUCUUGAAGCGAGGUCUGAGAGCCAGUUGAAGAACCAGCUACAGGUCCUGAGCGACAUGGUGGAGGAGUACAUUGAAAGCAUGAAAGCAAUUGUGGAGAAGACAAAGAAAGAGUUUCUCCAACAGAUUGGGGACCUUGGAGCGGGAUCUGGCAGCGAGAUACAGCCCAAACCGUGCGCUGGUGUACAGGGUCCAGGCCCCCGACCUGUGGUUGUUCUAUCUAGUGGUAUGAAAGUCGUCUGCGACACUCAAACUGACAACGGUGGCUGGGUCGUGUUUCAG